GUAUCAACAUGGCGUGGGGGAUCGCCGUCCUCAUGGGCGUCUACUGCUCCGAAGGAGUGAGCGGCGCGCACAUGAACCCGUCCGUGACGCUGGCCCACGCCGUCUACGGCCGUCUCGCGUGGCGCAAGGUGCCGGGCUACGUGCUGUCGCAGUUCCUCGGAGCGUUCGUGGGCGCCGUCGCCAUCUACCUGCUCGACUACCAGCGUCUGUCGAAGGCCGACCCGGACAAGGAGACCAUGUACCACAACUUCGCGACGCACCCGAACCCGGAGAUCAGCAACCUCACGGCGUUCUACACGGAGGCGCUGGCCACGGGUAUGCUGCUGCUGUGCGUGUACGCCAUCACGGACCAACGCAACCGCUCGCCGGGCACGGUCGGCACGCCGUUCGCGUUCGCUCUGAUGAUCAUGGCGCUGGGCAUGAGCUUCGGCAUGAACACGGGGUACGCGAUGAAUCCGGCGCGCGACUUCGCUCCUCGUUUGUUCACGUUCUUCGCGGGGUACGGGUCGAAGGUGUUCACGGAGAACGGUUGCUACUUCUUGAUCCCGAUGUUCGCUCCGCUGAUCGGCGGCGUGCUGGGCGCUGGUGCGUACGAGUUGCUUGUGCAGGUGCAGCACCCGCAUGAACCAGACGACAUUUACGUAGUUCACAUGAGCGAAUGAACGCUGGUUGAGUAGUUGGACAGAC